GUGUCUUCCCUUCCCGCCUGAAACAGAAACGGAGGUAGAAGAGCUAUCGACUCGUCAGCUUCAUACAUUGCACAAUGGACGACCUUUACUUGGAUAAUAUUGAUGAAUUUGUCAACGACCAGAAUAAAAUCGUGACCUACAAAUGGCUGAGUCUCACCCUUGGGGUCCAUGUCAACCUAGCCAAACAAAUGCUCUACCAUUACUUGGAUCAAAAGAGGAAAGAAGGCUCUGCUCGGCUCCAUGCUACCUACCUUGUGUCUGGCAAGUUUGUUGAGAAUGGUACCACGAGUCACAAGGUGUCAGUAGUGCGAGAGGAUCAGCUGGAGGAUGCGAAGUCAAAGAUGAGCCUGACGGUCAGCGUACAUGUGUACAGUGUUCAGAAGGCUGUGCUGAAAGACAGUGGUCCUCUGUACAGUGCUGAUUAUGACGCUGUGAAAGAGAAUCUAAGAAAUUGCAGCAGGUACAGUGCAAUUCGUUGUGCUGAUGCGGUGCCUAGGUCCUCGGCAGAGGUGCAGCAGGCUUGUGAGACGACACAGGCCCCACCACCAGAGACAGAGCAAAUCAAAGCAAACCAUUCUAAUCUGGCCUCUAAACCCACCUCCAAGCAACCCAAAGGCAUUAUGGGAAUGUUUGCAAACAAGAAUGUCUCCAAGAAUCAAGAUUCAAGCAAAGAGAUUAAAUUGGAGCAGAAAGAGGUUACACCUGUGGUUGAGACCUCCAAAACUAAACCUGCUCCGAAAACAAAUCCCGUGACUAACUUCUUUGCGAAACAAGCAGCCAAAAAACCUGACAAAUCCAUCAAGGAAGAGGUAGAAAUAGCCCAGACAUCCUCCUCAGUGGAUGAGAAGCCCUCAAGUCCACCUCCUAAAGCAGAGACUCCUGUCAAGGAGGAACUAGCAAAGGAGGCUGUGGUUGAGAAAGAUACAAGUAAGACCAAGCGUCUUGAACAUUCUGAUAGUGAAGAGGAGAAGAACGAGAGUCGGAGGAAGAAGAGACGGAGGAUAAAGAAGCCCGAGCCAGACAGUAGUGACGAUGAGGUUAUUCCAGACUCUCCUCCACAGUUGCAAGAAAAGAGGGACCCAUCACCAAGUCCUGAAAUUCAAGUAAAGAAAGAACCAGUUGCUGUUUCACAUUCAGAUGAGCUUUCAGAUUGUAAACGAAGGAAGAGGAGACGUGUCUUGAAAUCGCGCACAUUUGUGGAUGACGAAGGAUGCAUUGUGACCGAGAAAGGCUAUGAGAGUGAAUCAUACUCCGAGACUGAGGAUGACUUUAAGUUCAGUCAACCAACUCCGAAGAAUCCAAACCCACCAAAACCAUCAAUUGGCAAAAAAGAGGAGGAGAAGAAAAGUAAGAAAGCUGCUGCAGCCUCGAAUAAAUCUACUAAGCAGGCUUCUAUUAUGGGAUUCUUCCAGAAGAAAUGACAGAACUACUCAUGUUGUUGCACUGAACACUGAUAAGGAGCUUGAGGCCCAAGUGAAGAGAAUCUAGACGGACACAUUUUCAAACGCUCCAGAGGAUGGAUGGGUGUUCUAUCAAUUGGUAGAAUGCUCUACUUUUUUUUUUUAUCACACUUUUCAAUCAAUUUCCACAUUACUGUAUAUGAUUGAAUAAAUAUAUCCACUUGCAUUGUAAGGUACCAUCAGAGCUCAUUUACCAUGGCAGCGUUUAUAUUUGGUUUUUACCUUUUAGUUUGCAAUUCUGCAAGUAUUGAAGGGUUCAUGCUGUGGUGAACCAGUACAAAACAAACAAACAUGUCUAUGAUGCUAUUUUUUUGCUGGUAGAAUAUGUUCUUCAAUGUUUGAACGUGUAUGUUCAUUAAAUCUAUUUUCAUA